AUGGCCAUGGCAACAAUCCUGGCCCAACUGCGGCUUCUUCCAAUCAUGGUUCUGUUGACAGUGUUAUUCUUUGCCGCCAGCCUCAUAUAUCGAUUGUUCUUCUCACCACUGUCGAAGAUCCCGGGACCCAAGAUUACCGCAGUGACAAUGCUAUGGCUCAUGUAUCACGAAUUCAAGGGUGACCGAACCAUUCAAAUCGACAAGCUGCACGGCCAAUAUGGCCCUGUGGUCCGAAUCUCACCGGAGGAGGUGUCCUUUAACAAUGACGAUGCUCUCAAGGAGAUCUACGGCAUCAAAUCGACUUUCUCCAAGAGCGACUUCUACAACUUGUUCGUCUACUACAAUGAGCGCAAUACAUUUACCAGCCUUGACAAACAGAAUCAUGCUGCCAAAAAGCGACUGGUAGCCGACCGAUACACGAAGAGCUACGUGAUGCAGCCGGCUGUGUCGGACAAGAUCCGCGAUCACGCGGCUGCCUUCAUGAGGCAGGUUUCUCUGCAGCGGCUCGUUGUCGACGUCUAUGCCUGGCUCCACUACUACGCACUCGAUGUCAUCACCAAUCAUCUCUAUGGCGCAUACGGAACGCGCACGCUCUCCCAGCCUGAUCAUCGGGGCCUGGUGUAUGACCUCUCCGGCCAAAAGCACCGCACACGUCUUUACAUGCUACACUACUUUGGUGGGUUGAUGGCAUUGAUCUCCACACUUCAGAACUUGGCCAGAGUCGUCGGUGGGAAAGCUUCGGACUUUCAUGUCCGAGGAAGUCGACUCAACGCAUACGGCAAGGACAGCGUGAGUGGAUUCCGCCGUGACCAAGUGGACAAGGACACCGUCUCCACGUGCUCCAAGCUCCUCCGAGAGAUUCCCGACAACGAGAACCAAGUCGCGGCCGAGUGUAUGGACCACCUCGUUGCCGCUGUCGACACGACAGGGGAUGCCAUGUGCAUCACCAUGUGGCGGAUCUCGACGCCGGAAUAUGCGCAUGUGCAAGACCGGCUCUUCGAAGAGCUGAAGACCGUGGAAGCACACUUCGACCCGGUCACCCAGACGGCGCCGAUCAGUGUGCUGGAGAAACUCCCAUAUCUCGAUGCCGUGGUGCGCGAGGGCAUGCGCUGGCGCCCGCCGGUGCCAUUGACGCUGUUCCGCAUCGUCCCACGCGGCGGACACAAGAUCUGUGGCUAUCAAGUCCCCGCCGGCACCGUGGUAGGUUGCCAGGCGUACAGCCUGCAUCGGAUCCCAGAGGUGUUUCCGGACCCGGACCGCUUUGCGCCAGAGAGGUGGAUGACAGAGGACCAGGCGCAGCUGGCGAGUAUGCGGGCACAUUUCUGGCCGUUCAGCUCUGGCGGACGCGCAUGUUUGGGCCAAAACAUCGCGAUGGUCGAGAUGAAAACGAUCCUGGCCGCAGUAUACAUGCAUUAUCGGACGAAAGCGACGCCGGCGUGCACGGAAGAGAGUAUGCGCAUGGACGACCAGUUAACAUCGGGUGUUCCGUACGCGUUAAGUUGUCCGUUGGAAUUCAUUCCGAGAUAG